CUCAUUUCGUAGACAGCACGGUCUGGCCUAUGCGGUCCUCAAAGGACGUGGCCCACGUAGACCGCGAAGGCUGGGUCCUCUGAAGGAUGCAGACCCUGAAUUGAGACACAGCUUGGGAUUUGGCCAAUCAUGACUGACAGGUGCCUUCUUGUCUGAUCGCUUCCUUAUAGUUUGGCCCCGCCCCCUCAGCUGUUGAUGACUUCCGGUUCCGGUUAUUCUCCGUCCAUCAGAAGGAGGAAGAUGGCGUCGGCCCAGUCCGACAGAGAGCCUCCGUCUGUUCUGUGUUCAGAGGUCCUCAACUUCUCCGCUAAAGACACCGCAUCGCAAUGGCUGUCAGCAGCCGACCUGCAGCAGGAGGUGUACCGUCAUCUGUCUGUGUAUGUACCCAGAAUCCUUUGCGUGGGUCCCAGUGGAGUAAGCAGCAGAGAGGAGCAGAAGGAGGAGCAGAAGGAGGAUCUGGCCUCUCAGCUGCUCCUCCUGGCUCCUCUAGAGUGGCUCCUGUUGGAUGAGGAGCCGGCUUCAGGUCUGAACCUCCUGCAGGAGAACAACCAGCCGUCACCUCUGUGUGGCCACGUGUUCAAGGUGGGAGAGCCCACCUACUCCUGCAGGUAAUACACACACACUAUACACACACUAUACACACACUAUACACACACUAUACACACACUAUACACAC